CCGAAGCUAUAAACAUUAAACACUCUUUCUCUCAUCAAACUCACUCACACACAACAUCUUCACAAAUUUAUGAUGGAUCCAUGUCCAUUUGUUCGCUUAAUGAUCGAAUCAUUAUCACUCAAACUCCCACUCACCACCAACUCCGUCGCUUCCGCCACCGGCAUCCACUCCUCCGCCACCCCAUGCUACUGCAAACUCCGCAUCAAAAACUUCCCGCCACAAACCGCCCUCAUCCCACUCUCCCAAGACACCCCACCCGAACAUUCCAAUUCCAAUUCCAAUUCUAAUUCCAAUUCUAAUUCCAAUUCUUCGAGUGUCAACUUCCACCUUGACCCGGCCGCCCUCCGCCGUCUCCAAAACAAACCGGUUGUUCUAACCGUGUCGGUCUACACGGGUCGUAUGGGCCAGUCGUGCGGGUUUAGUGGAGGGAAAUUGUUGGGCCGGGUUGGGGUGGUGGUUAACAUAGAUGGGUCGGUUACUAAACCGGUCGUGUUUCAGAACGGGUGGAUGAAACUUGGGAAUGAACCGGCGGCUAGUUUGCAUUUGAAGGUGCGGACUGAACCGGAUCCACGGUUUUUGUUUCAGUUUGGAGGUGAACCGGAGUGUAGCCCGGUGGUUUUUCAGAUUCAGGGGAAUAUUCGACAGCCGGUUUUUAGUUGCAAGUUUAGUGCCGACCGGAACUCUAGAUCGCGUUCCCUCCCAUCAGAUUUUACCAUGCACAAUAUCAACAGAGGAUGGAUGACAACCUUUUCGAAUGGAAAAGAAAAGCCCGGUAGAGAACGAAAAGGGUGGAUGAUUGUGGUCCACGAUCUAUCCGGUUCAUCCAUAGCCGCUGCCUCCAUGAUCACUCCCUUUGUCCCAUGUCAAGGUUCUGACCGUGUUUCACGGUCAAACCCUGGGGCUUGGCUUAUCCUUCGCCCCCAUGGUGUCUCAAUCAGUAAUUGGAAGCCGUGGGGACGACUUGAAGCCUGGCGUGAAAGGGGCCCGGUAGACGGGUUAGGUUAUAAAUUCGAACUUGUCACUAAUUCUGGUAUGACGAGUGGGAUUCCCAUUUCUGAAGGCACAAUGAAUAUAAAGAAAGGUGGCAAAUUUUGCAUUGAUGAAACAUUGAAAGAUUCAAGAGCCAGCCCAUUGUCGAACAUCAAAGGGUUCGUAAUGAGUUCAACCGUGGAAGGCGAAGGGAAAGCAAGUAAGCCGAUGGUGCAAGUGGGUGUGCAACAUGUGACAUGUAUGGCCGAUGCUGCUCUUUUUAUUGCGCUUUCAGCUGCGAUUGAUCUUAGUAUGGAUGCUUGUAUGCUCUUUUCACGAAAACUAAGAAAAGAGUUUUUGCAAGAUGAACAAGAUUUUCUUUCAUAAAAGUUCAUUUUUUUUAAAAACAACCAUCAUAUGCAGUGAUAACCAAUGAAAUUAGUGACCUAUGUUUGGAUUGAGCAUGCCAAUUCUUCCCCUCAUGCUUGAAAAAUAUUUAUAGGAGGGUUUGACCUUUUUUUUUUUUUUUUGUAAUUUAAUUUCCUUUAGUAUGUAUACAGUGCUUUUGAUGUUGAGAUUUGAGGAUGAUACUGUAUAGAUAACGAAUUUAUUUAUUUUUUUAACGAUAUAUGUAUAAUUUGUGAUUGAA